AUGUCAUCAAUCACCACAACAGAUUUGAAUGGAAUCUUACCAUUAGUUGCUCGUGGUAAAGUUCGUGAUAUAUAUGAAGUUGAUCAAAAUACUUUGUUGUUCGUUGCAACUGAUAGAAUUUCAGCUUAUGAUGUUAUAAUGCAAAAUGGUAUUCCAGAAAAAGGUGCCCUAUUGACUAAAUUAUCAGAAUUCUGGUUCAAUUUCUUGGAACCUUAUACUAAAACUCAUAUUAUUAAAACUGAUGAUAUCUUUAAAUCAUUACCAUCAGAAUUAUCAAAACCAGAAUACAAAUCACAAUUAGAAAACCGUGCUUUAUUAGUCCAUAAAUAUAAGUUAGUUCCAUUAGAAGUUAUCGUUAGAGGUUAUAUCACUGGAUCUGCUUGGAAAGAAUAUAAAAAAUCAGGUACUGUUCAUGGUGUUAAAAUUAAUGAAACUUUACAAGAAUCUCAAGAAUUCCCAACCCCAAUUUUCACACCAUCAACAAAAGCUGAACAAGGUGAACAUGAUGAAAACAUUUCUAUUGAACAAGCUGAAAAAAUUGUUGGUAAAGAUUUGACUGAAAAAAUUGGUAAAUUAGCCAUUGAUUUAUAUUCAAAAGCAAAAGAAUAUGCAAAGACUAAAGGUAUUAUAAUUGCUGAUACUAAGUUUGAAUUUGGUUUAACUGAAGAUAAUGAACUUGUAUUAGUUGACGAAGUUUUGACCCCUGAUUCUUCAAGAUUCUGGAAUGCAAAAAAUUACGCUUUAGGUGAAUCUCAAGAUUCUUAUGAUAAACAAUUCUUAAGAGAUUGGUUAACAUCAAAUGGGUUAAACGGUAAAGAAGGUGUUAGUAUGACUGAAGAAAUUGCCCAAAGAUCAAGAGAAAAAUACAUUGAAGCUUAUGAAGCUUUAACUGGUGAAAAAUGGGCUUAA